GUUCACCAUCCCAUCGAUGCCCCUCACUCUCGACGCUUGGACUUUAGUUUGAUCAUCAUCAUCAUCAAGCGAGAUCGAGAGAGAGCUCCUCUUCUUCUAGCUAGCUAGAUCCACCAUAAGUAUGGUGUCCUCUCGCAGAGUGGCGGCCCUGGUGCUCCUGUUGGUGAGCUUUUGCGGCGCAUCCAUGGCCAAUUUCUGGACGGAUGUCGACAUUACGUGGGGCGGGCCACGAGCCGCCAUCACCAACAACGGCCAGCAGCUCCGGCUGUCCAUGGACAGGACCUCCGGCUCUGGCUUCCAAUCCAAGAGCGAGUACCUCUUCGGCAGGUUCGACAUGAAGAUAAAGCUCGUCCCCGGCAACUCCGCCGGCACCGUCACCGCCUACUACCUAUCCUCCCAAGGACCUACCCAUGACGAGAUAGAUAUGGAGUUCCUGGGCAACGAAACCGGGCAGCCCUACACCCUUCACACCAACGUCUACACGCAGGGGAAGGGAAACAGGGAGCAGCAGUUCCGCCUCUGGUUCGACCCAACCGCCGCCUUCCACACCUACACCAUCCUCUGGAAUCCUCGCCAAAUAAUGUUCUACGUGGACGGGACUCUGAUAAGGAUGUUCAGGAACCACGAGUCGUCGGGCGUGGCUUACCCGAGCAGGCAGGCGAUGAGGAUGUACUCCAGCCUGUGGGACGCCGAGGACUGGGCAACCCAGGGUGGCCGCGUCAAGACCGACUGGUCCAAGGCUCCUUUUGUCGCCACCUUCGGCGACAUCGUCAUCAACGGCUGCGUUUGGAAGGGCUCCGCCUCUUCCUGCGGCGCUUCCUCUUCCAGUUGGAUGAACCAAGCAGCCGCCUCCUCUGACCUACAGAAGAUGCGGUGGGUGCAGAGAAACUACAUGAUCUACAACUACUGCAAGGACGUCAACCGAUUCCCCCAGGGUCUUCCGCGCGAGUGCUCCCUCGCUUGAGUAGUACUCCAGUGCCUGCGGCCUUCAUCAUGGACGUUUCAUUCUUUCUCGUGAUCGAGCUUGUUCAUUUAUUUUUCUAUUUCUUGUUUGGCCAACAAUAAAAAUGUGAAGACGAUGCUCGAAUUCUACGAGCAACCUUGUAUUACCUAAUAAAAUUGUAUGCACUUCCAUGUGAUAAUUAUUCUUUCAUUUUCAUUAAAAUAUAUA